GAAUGGGUAUAUAUUUAUCUAUGUUUUCAUGUUUCGUGUGUUCAUAGGUUAAGUAUGGUAUAUAUACGUAAAUGUUAAAUGUUUUUCUCUUUAAAUAUCAUAUAUUUCUUUUCAAUAUGAUAUGACGAAUAAUGACUAAGUAAAAUCAUGUGGUCUAAGGUAUUGGAUGAAAUUUGUACACUUCUGGAUACGUAUAAAGGUAGAGAUAAGAUUUUGAGGACUCUAAGUUAUGUAACCAAGUUCUUAGGAGGUGUACAGAAUAAUGAUGGAUUGGCUAAAAAAUAUUUUAUAUUCAGCUCGCAAAUGUCGGCAGCAAGGGCCACCCUUCGAUUACUUGACGAUUUUCCCAUGAUCCAAUACAGUCUUCAGUAUGGUUGUGGAAAACAUGAACCCGACAAAUUUAUGGCCCAAUUAGGAAUACUGACCAAUAUAAUCGAUCAGGUAUAUUAUCCCAUUGAAAAGAUGUCUUGGUUUGCAGAACACAAGCUCAUCACAGGUGUAGAUAAUAAUAAAUGGGAUACAGCCAGUUCAGUUUGUUGGGUGCUAUCCAUAUAUUUAACACUUGUUAAAACCUUGCGGUAUAUCGCAGUUUUAGAAAGACACAAAAAUUGUGUUGCGCUUUCCAAUAGUAUCCCUUACGAAAAGAUACUGUUGGCACAAAAAAAUGAAAUUCUUUCUGCUAUUAGAUUGUGUUUCGACUUGGUACACGCAGUAAACACUCUACCGCCAGGUUUCCUGUGGUCCUCCAAAUUGAAAGUAUGGCAUGUGGGCCUAAUUGGCACCGUUUCAUCAAUUUUGGGGAUAUAUCAAAUUUUUUACAAGCGAAAACUGAAAUAAUUCAAAUUCGAAAUCUAUUUAUGGUAAUUGUUGAUUAAAUUUAUUGUUGAAUUCUAUUUUGUAAUAUAAUUUAUCAAAAAAACGAUCCGUGUAUUGAUUUAACCAACAUUUUUUAUAUUAUACACUCACCUUUUUCAUUUGUCUAUGGAUUCCAAUAUGACGUCACUUGAAAGAUUUAAAAUACCAGGUGCAAUCAAAGUUUAACGUAUAUACGAUGAAAAUUGCAAAUAUCAAACCCCAUAAAUUUCAUUAUGGAGUUGUAUAUACGAGGUGAAGUCGAAAUUGCUUGGAAACAUUUUUGGGACGUUUGGUGCGUUAAUAUACGACGUAAAGUCAAAAUAUUGUCUUUUGGAGGGUUAGACGUGUAUAUUUACAAGGAGGAUUCAAAAUAAAAUGGUUACGUCGUAUAUACGAGGCGAAAUCAAAAUGUUAACGUCAUUUACUUUGGAUGGGUUUGGUUGUUUAUGUACGAGACGAAGUCAAAUUGUCCAUUAUUUUGUGAGGAUUUCGUCGUAUAUACGAGGCCAAGUCAAAACGUUAUCGUCGAAUAAUAAUUCGAGCAACUUUAAAGCCUUUAUUGAUAUUUUAAAAGUAUCAGUACUAAAGUCGGGAAACGUUUCGACCCUAUUAAGCUAUCAUAUGUCACCGUUAUGUCAUAUUUAAAGGUACAACGAGCAUUUUAUUCGGAACUAGCUACCGUUUUUUUUGUAUCAUUUUUAAAAAAAAGCAUCUUGAAAUAUGGCAUAAAAUUUUUUUAAAAAUUAUUCGAUGAGAAUGUACACAAUAUAUAAGACGAAGCAACAACAAAAAGAAUCGAUGAGGAUCGAUUAUAAUCGUCGAAGAAUACGAUCGAGAGAAUUUGAAAAGUGAAGAUAAAAUCGAAUACAUAUACGAGGGAUAUUUAGAAAUGAAAUUUUAUUGUGUGCAUUCCCAUUUUUUUUAGUAAUAAAAACUGACUAAAACAAAAUAAAACACUAUUCGAACAUUUAUCAUUAAAUUACCGAGAUGUUUGCAAAAUAAAUUUCAUCAACGACGCCGUUAUACGGGGUAUUGUCGAAAUAUCGAAAUUUUAUUUAUUUCCAAAAAAGAAUUCGAAAUAUCGGCAUAGAAAUGACGAUGAAUGAUUUUUGCAAACGACUCAUUGACGUGUUUGAUGGAGUAGAAUUUUUUUUCAAAAUCAAAUGAAAACAAAAUGAGUAUAGAAAGAAAAACAGAAAAAAGAACGAGGACAGAAAGCAGGGAAGCUGAAUGUCAUAAGAGAUCCAAAGAAUAAGGAACAGAACUCAAAAUAUCGACCAAAACAGAUAGUACCGAGUCCAAAACAUGUUUGGGUUGAACUAGAACGUAUCGUAAGUCCAGAAAAAGAAUUGACAAAACUAGAAA